UGUGUCCAGAAAAAUGAUUGUAAAACAUUUAAUUUUAAUUUUACAAUAAUAAAACUUAUAUAUAUUAAAUAAGUAAUGAAUUAUCUUUCAAAUGAUAUAAAAUUCAUAAAUCAUGUAAAAUAUGUAUUUUAAUCAUUAUCAGUUAAAUCUAAUAUACAGCGGUAAUUUCUGCCGAUAUUACGUAAGCGGGUUAUGGACACGCGCUUGUUACAUGUAUGUCGCGUGACCUGUUUCACGGGUCAUUUGUUGCUAAUUAAUAUUCAUGAUUUUUUACGACCAAUUAGAAUUAUGUUAGCACUUCAUCCCGGAAGUUUCGUAACUCAAAUAUGUUGACAAACAAAAAAGUAAUGAUGACCUAAACUCUCAAACGAUUUGCAUGAAAACUAUCGAUCUAUCUAUGACUGAAUGAAAGAUUGACAGCUUUCACAUCAAUUGUUCAUUAUGAUUGUGGAGGGAGACAGUAUUGGACAAUUCUGUCAAAAAAUCGGUUUAAGUACCAACACCCUUGAUCAAAUUAAGCCUCUUACACAUUCCCACAUAUUAAAUGGUGUCGUAUUAGAACUUUAUUUGUAUUACAAAAACUGUGCAAAAAUUGCUGAUGUCUUAAUACGGUUAAAUCCUGAUCUGUCAGCCGUCAAUGCUAAUACUUUGAAGUCGAGAAUCAACCGUGUUGUUGAAAUUAAAAAGAAAUUAACUUCAAAGAAGAAGGUGAAAGGUAUAACUUCACUUGAAGACCUGAAAUGUAAAGUUUUUGAUUGUACCACGCCUGUGAAUUCAGGUUUUGAGGCACAGACUAUCCAAAUCCCAAGUGCAAAUAAUGUUCCAAAGACACAAUGUAUCCCAGCUACAAAUGACAUCCCUGUGAUAGAGACACAAUGUACCCCUGCCGCAAGAAGAAAAUUCUGUGAUAGAGACACAAUGUACCCCUGCCCCAAGAGAAAAUUCUGUGAUAGAGACACAAUGUACCCCUGCCCCAAGAGAAAAUUCUGUGAUAGAGACACAAUGUACCCCUGCCCCAAGAGAAAAUUCUUUGAUAGAGACACAAUGUACCCUGCCCCAAGAGAAAAUUCUGUGAUAGAGACACAAUGUACCCCUGCCCCAAGAGAAAAUUCUGUGAUAGAGACACAAUGUACCCCUGCCCCAAGAGAAAAUUCUGUGAUAGAGACACAAUGUACCCUGCCCCAAGAGAAAAUUCUGUGAUAGAGACACAAUGUACCCCUGCCCCAAGAGAAAAUUCUGUGAUAGAGACACAAUGUACCCCUGCCCCAAGAGAAAAUUCUGUGAUAGAGACACAAUGUACCCCUGCCCCAAGAGAAAAUUCUGUGAUAGAGACACAAUGUACCCAUGCCCAAAGAGAAAAUUCUGUGAUAGAGACACAAUGUACCCCUGCCCCAAGAGAAAAUUCUGUGAUAGAGACACAAUGCAAUCAAGCCCCUAAAGAAACUAAUAUGAAAGACACACAAUGCACCCAAGCACAAAGUGAAAGUUCUGUGAUAGAGACACAAUAUCCCCAAGUCCCAAGAGAAAUUAUAAAGACAAGACGCGCCAAAAGUGAAAUUUCUAACAAUGAAAAAAAACAUGUGAAUGAGUUAAGAUAUGAAAUUUCAAAGAAGCAGAAAGAAUUGAAACAAUUACAGCAGUUAGUUGACUCUGAAAGAGAAAACUUAGUGCAAUUAAAAUCCAUAAAAGGUCAUUUUUCUGUGCGAAACGUUACAAAACGUGAUGAAGCAGCUGCAUUG